GAAGAAUCUGCUGAUUUUAUCCAUGAUGCAUGUCUCCUGGAUCUUGGCUUUGCGGGAUCUCCUUUUACAUGGUGCAAUAACCGGUCCGGGGUGGCAAGAAUAUAUAAACGGCUCGACCGGAUAUUGGUCAAUCAAUCCUGGCUGUCUCUUAAUGUAUCCACACCAGUUUCUCAUUUGGCCUUUGCAGAUGAUUUGGUGAUAUUUACCCGUGGAUUGCGUUCUUCGCUUAGGGUUCUAAUGGAUUUUGUGGGGGAUUAUAAACAGGCCACUGGCCAGAAGGUCAAUAAGAAUAAGAGUUUGUUCAUUGCUUCUUCGCGCUGCUCUUCGUCGCAGGUGCGUGCUUGGUCCACUUUGGCAGGCAUGCGCUAUGGCUCAUUACCUUUGCAAUACUUGGGUGGAGUUGUCUUUGCAGGUCGCAAGAGGAAGCACUAUUUCCAAUUCGUGUUGGACAAGGUUGAGAAGCGCUUGGCGGGCUGGCAAAAACGAUUUCUCUCAUCGGGAGCAAGGUUGUUGCUAAUUCGGCAUGUAUUGGCAGCAAUUCUCAUCCACAUUAUUGCAGCAUUGGAUCCCCCGAAAUGGCUUUUCCAGCAGUUGGAACUUCGAUUCGCAAAUUUCUUGUGGGGCGAGUUGGAUUCGGGUCCAACGAGGCACUGGAAACGUUGGAGCAGCUUGUGUUAUCCUACCGAGGAGAAUGGCUUAGCUUUGCGAAGCCUCCAGGAUUUGUCUAAGGCUUUUUCCUGCAAGCUCCUUUGGAAAUAUACAGCAAACCAAGGGAUUUGGGCCAACUUCUUGCAUUCUCUGCCGGGGGGAUGGGAAGACUCCUUCUGGAAGGCUGGCAGCCCGUACGAGCGUAUGAUAACCUUGUGUUUGAAACUCCAUUCCUGGCUUCAGGGUACCCUAUACCCCAACCUUUCGGGUGAGUUACCAAGUCCGGUCAUUGACUCUGGAGCGAUCGAGUAUUCUCGCUCUGGGUAUGAGCUGUCUGAUGGUUCAAGAUCUGUCUACUCAACAACUAGUGGAAAAGAAGAUCCCCUCUCCUGCGGAUCCCCUUAUGCGUACCUGAAGCCUGAUCGUUUUUCUCGUAGACCGCUCCUUCGGACCCUUUGCACUCACGUACGGUCCCCUUUUCUUUUACCCAUGAAACUCACAGUUCAAUCGAUUCGGAGGGUUAGAUGCGGUCGAUUACUCCUUAGCUAUGUUGGCUGA